CUGUUAUCGAUCCUCGAAGGAUUUUUGCUUUCUUCUCCAAUUCUUGGAUAGCCCAAUAUUACAAUUCCAUAUAUUUUAUAUAUAGUUAUAUACAUAUAUAUAAAUCUUUAUUUAUUUUAUCUCCUUCAAGAAGAAACGUCUCGUCGAAUACAUUAUAUAUAUAUAUACGUACAUUAUAUGCAUACACACACCGCCCACAUUACGAGAUAAACACUCCCUCGCCAAUUCAUUGAUUCGUCUCGACGAGGAGACCCACAAGACCUCUCGGCGUGUAAAUUCUCAAGCUCCAGUUUUUGCCUUUUGUUCUGAUUUUCUUGUUUUUGUUCGCGUCUGGGUAAUCGAGUUGGAUGCAAUCCAAGUAAUGUGUGUUCGUUCGAGUGUUCGCGAUUUGUUUCCUUUGGUAUGAUUGUGGCCUCGUGAUUGAAUUGUUGGGAGGUGAUCUCGGCGUUCCGGUUAAUCGGUCGGCGUGAUUCACUGGUCCGUAGAUCUAAUUUUCGUUGCCUUUUUGGGUGCAAUUGAGUUUCGCUGAUUGGUUUCCCCCGGCGCGGUUGGGCAACAAAUUUCUUUUCUCUGUUGCACUGAAUUGAAGCGUGAUCUUGGUUCGAAUUUGGGGAAGCGACUUGGAAAUGAAGAGGUCUAGAGACGAUGGGUUCGUCGGUUCCCAACACAAACGCCCCGCCGUGUCGCCGCCGCCCCCUGUCGAACCGUCUUUGCCGAUGGCUGCCCAGAUUUCGACGGCAAGCAGCAUGCCGAAACUGACAACAACAGAUGCCUUAACUUAUCUCAAGUCUGUGAAGGAAAUUUUUCAAGACAAGAAGGAUAAGUACGACGAAUUUCUUGAUGUCAUGAAAGAUUUCAAGGCUCAAAGACUCGACACCUAUGGUGUCAUAGCCAAAGUGAAGGAGCUAUUUAAAGGUAAUCGGGACCUAAUUUUGGGGUUCAAUGCCUUUCUGCCGAAAGGAUAUGAAAUCACACUCCCACCUGAGGAUGAAUUUCUGAAGAAGAAGCCAGUAGAAUUCGAUGAAGCAAUUAAUUUUGUUAACAAAAUCAAGGCUAGAUUUCAAGGCCAUGAUCAUAUUUACAAAUCAUUCCUUGAAAUUUUGAAUAUGUACAGAAGAGAUAAUAAAUCCAUAUCGGAGGUUUAUCAGGAGGUUGAAGUUCUUUUUCGCGAACACCAUGACCUACUUGUUGAGUUCACACAUUUCUUGCCUGAUGGUUCGGACACAACAUUUGUUGAGUUUCAACCGGCUAGCAGAAACACUGCUCGCCUUGGGAAUGAUCGAAGCUCUCCAAUGACCUCAGCAAGGCCGAUGCAUGUUGAAAAGAAAUUAGCUGUUCCAUAUGCAAACCAUCAUAAUUCAGAUAAGUUGAAUCAUGUCGAAAAAGUAACUGAGAAAAGAGAAGUUGCGGACAGAUACGAGAAGGAACAUGCUGAUAAUGCGGACCACAAAAGAAAAUUUGCUAAUCAGGAUGAAUCUGGAGCAGACCGAUUUCAACGAGGAACCCCAGACCCAGAAUCCGCAUUCCUCGAGAAGGUGAAGGAAAGAAUUAAGGAUCGUGAAAAUUUGGAGAAAAUUUAUGAUUGCAUCCGUUCCUACAAAAGCAAGUUCUUUUCAGCAAGCCAAUUUAGAAAUCUGCUAGCUGGUUUAUUUGGAACACAUCAAGACCUUUUUGCGGCGUGCGAAGAUUUCAUAACUUACAUUGAGAAGAUCGGAAGCUCGAGGAGCAAUAAACAUGUUACAAGAUCUUCGAAAUUGGAAGUCGAUGGGAUAGAGCAUGACAGGGCAAAUAGAGAUAGGCAUAGAGACUCUGAGAAUGGAGAAAGGUACAGACACGACAAAGGUCUCAACUUUAAUGGCAGAGAUAGCGUGGCGCAGAAAAUGUCGCCUUAUGCAAGCAGGGAGAAAUUCCCGAUGAAACCCAUCCAAGAGCUUGAUCUCACUAACUGUGAAAGCUGCACUCCGAGUUAUCGACUUCUUCCUGAAAAUUACCCGAUUCCACAAGCGAGCUGUCGAACAGAGAUUGGUGCUCAGGUUUUGAAUGAUCGUUGGGUGUCUGUUACUUCGGGAAGUGAGGAUUACUCAUUCAAACACAUGCGUAAAAAUCAAUAUGAAGAAAGUUUGUUUCGGUGCGAGGAUGACAGGUUCGAACUUGACAUGUUGCUGGAAGCUGUGAAAUCGACAGCAAAGCGUAUCGAAGAACUCUCCAUCACUAUGACUUCUCACGCAGAUGGCGCAGAAGGUUCAUUUUGUCUCGAAGAUCACUUGACAGCUCUUCAUCAGCGGGUGAUUGAACGUUUGUACGGUGAUCACGGGCUUGACAUGUUGGAUAUAGUGAAGAAGAAUGCUCCUGGUUCUCUACCUGUUCUUUUAUUCCGGCUGAAGCAGAAGCAACAGCAGUGGGAGAGUUGCCGUGCUCAAUUUAACAAAGUUUGGUCCGAAAUUUACGCUAAAAACUACCACAAAUCGCUUGAUCAUAGGAGCUUCUACUUUAAACAGCAGGAUGAGAGGAACUUGAGCGCCAAAGCAUUGUUGGCAGAGAUCAAAGAAAUAAGUGAAAAGAAUCAGAAUGAAGAUGAAAUAGCCCUCUCUAUCAGCGCAGGCUAUAGACAGCCGAUAAGACCUCACAUGGAAUUCGAGUAUCCUGAUCCCGAUAUCCAUAAAGAUCUAUAUCAGAUCAUGAAAUAUUCUUGUGGGAAACUUUGUACGCCCGAGGAGCAUGGCAAAUUCAUGAAGAUUUGGACGAACUUUCUUCACCCUUUCUUUGGUAUUUCUUCCCAUCCUUCAAAUGCAGAAGACAAAAACGGCCCUUCGGAAGCUAACAAUUGUGUAGCUGAAAGUUUGGAAAGUAAAGAGAAUGGUAGUCCUGCCGACAAAGGAGCCCGGAAAAAAUCACCCGACACAGCUGAAAAUGGAGAUCUGGCUGCCAAAAACAAUGAUGUUGGGGUUAAUGACGAUUUUACGCCUGGUGCAGAAAAUAUCGAUACCUCACAAAAUGUGCCUAAUCCGACUGAUACUGUUACGAUGUCGGCUGGAGAAAAGAGCGCCAGCGAUGAAAAUGCUUCAGCUGCAAGGAAGGGAUCUAACUCUGAUUGUGGAUUAAAAGCCAUUACUACUCAAGAAUCACAGCCGGAAGCGAGUAAAUCCGCGGUUAAGAAUCUCGAGGAUCCAAAAUCUGCAGAAGACAACAAUACCGUCAUGAAAGAAGAAAUGUGUAUUGCGGUAGAAGAAACUGACGCCAAUGCCGCCGAUGAUGGAGAUGAGAGUGCCAACAGUUUCUCGGGCGCCGAGAAUGGUUCCGUAAAUGGCGACGUUUCGGCAAGUGAGUCUGUUAACGAAGAAGAGUGUGAGCCUGAUGAAGACGAUGAGAACGACAAAAUGGCUGAGAGUGAAGGAGAAGCCGAUGGCUUACUGUCGGCGAAACCCAUUUCAUUAAAAUUCUCGACUCUAUCGAAUGGCAGCGACAAGAAUUACCGCGUCUUCUAUGGAAACAAAUCCUUCUAUUCACUGUUCAGGCUGCACCAGAUACUGUAUGAAAGAAUGCGUAGCGCAAAGUUGCAUUCUUUAUCGCCUGAAAAUAAAUGGAAGUUUUUGAACAAUGCGAAUCUGGACGAGCCAUAUGAAAGGUUUAAGGUUGCGCUGAACAAGUUGCUGCAAGGGGCGUUCGACAAUACAAGGUUUGAGGAUGAGUGCCGGGCUAUUGUCGGGGCUCAAUCUUACGUCCUCUUCACAUUAGACAAACUGAUACGUAAACUUGUCGAGCAGCUGAACAAGAUUGCUGAUGGGGACAUGGAAAACAAACUCGUCCAACUCUACGCGUACGAGAAUUCGAGAAACCCCAAAACUUCCUCGGAUGCAGUUUACUACAAGAACGCCCGUCUCCAUCUUCCGGAAGAUGAUUUAUAUCGAAUCGAAUGCUCGGAUGUCCCGAUCCACGUGACCGUCCAGCUCAUGAGAAACGAGCCCGAUAAACUCGAGCCGAUUUCCGUUUGUAUGGACCACGACGUCGCAGCUUAUUUGAACGGCGAACCGCCUGUUCCCGCCCGGACAAAGAAGCCCGGGGUAUUCUUAAAGAGAAACCGGGACAAAUUUUCAACCGGAGAUGAAAAUUCCGAUGCCUGUGAAGCCCUCGAAGGGCUGAUAAUCCGAAACGGCGUGGAGAUGAAAGUCAACACCAACACAAAAAAGGUGGCUUAUGUUCUGGACACUGAAGACUUCCUGUAUCGUGGUCGGACGAAGGCGUGCGACGGCGACGCUCGGAGGAAGAAACAGAAACGGACGUUUAGCGACGAACUUUUGAAGCUGUUGGAAUCACUGGCAAAGACCCGAUUUGCAGUUGUGAGGGAAGCACAAUAAUUAAUUUAUACUGAUCUAUAUAGCCUGAUUGUGUUCUGUUUUUCAACAUGGGAUUGUGUCGAUUCUAGCUUUUGUCAUAUGAUAAGUUUAGAUAGAAACACACUUAUUGUCCAAUAAAGGAUUAUCGAAGGGAAGCUGCUGUGCUAUGCAUUCUUGCACUAUACAAGUCGAUCAUUUUUCAAUAACUUUAAUUCAUCUUUUUUUUCUUUCUUUUGUGGUGGUGUCAAUUGGCGAAUAUUUUCAAUUUGCAGUAUAAUGAUAUCACUAUUUUCAAAUUUGCACGAAAAUUAGAAAAUUUAUAUUUGUAGCUACUGUUAGUUUUUCGCUCAACUUAUUUUUACUUGCUUGGUACAAUUUUCAUUUUUGAUAUUUUUACCUCUACUUUUACGUAUAAAAUAAUUAUAUGACAAAAUUAUUUCAUGGUUUUUUUUGUGAUUUCGA